AGAAGAAUGAUCAGUCCCCCAGGAUGUGCAGAUUUAGAGACAACGUCACCCCAGUUAUGGAGGUGGAAAUAAGAGGAACCUGGUAUUUCUGCAAAUCUCAUGUCUGGGGUGGCUCGAAUAGUCAUGCUCCUCCCCCUCCCCACCAACCUUGUCUUUGUACUUGGGAAGUCCAGGUCUGUGAUUUUCCACCUUCUGUUCCUCUUCAGCUCAGAAGGCUCCAGACGGGGACCUGCUCCAUGCAACCAAGAAAGUUGAUGCUAUGCGGCACAUCUCAGGCUGAUCUGGACACCUCUCGUGGCCUGCUCUCUUCAACCAGAUGUCUGUUCUUCCUCUGGAAGAAGACUAAACAUGGUGUUUCCAAUGUGGACUUGGAAGAGACAAUUUCUUAUCCUUUUGCACAUGAUCCUCAUUUCCAAACUUGGGGCCAGGUGGUUUCCUAAAACUCUGCCCUGUGACGUCAGUGUGGAUAACCCAAACGCCCAAGUGAUUGUGGACUGCACGGACAAGCAUUUGACGGGGAUUCCUGAAGGCAUUCCCGCCAACACCACCAACCUCACCCUCACCAUCAACCACAUCCCAGACAUCUCCCCCACCUCCUUCCAACGGCUGGACCAGCUGAUAGAGAUCGAUUUCCGAUGCAACUGUGUACCCAUUCGACUGGGGCCAAAAGACAACGUCUGCACCAGGAAACUGCAGGUUAAACCCGGAAGCUUUAGCGGACUCGCUCAUCUAAGAUCCCUCUACCUGGAUGGAAACCAGCUGCUAGAAAUACCGCUGGGUCUUCCCUCUAGCUUACAGCUACUGAGCCUGGAAGCCAACAACAUCUUUUCCAUCAGCAAGAGUAACCUAACGGAACUGGCCAACCUAGAGGAGCUCUACCUGGGCCAAAACUGUUACUAUCGCAAUCCUUGUAAUGUUUCCUUUUUCAUCGAAAGAGAUGCUUUCCGAAAACUGCUCAAUUUAAAACUGCUUUCCCUAAAAGAUAACAAUGUCACGGCCGUGCCCGCUGUGUUGCCAUCUUCUUUAACAAAACUCUAUCUUCACAACAACCUUAUUACGCACAUCCAAGAAAAUGAUUUGAAGGACCUCAAUCAACUGCAACUUCUUGACCUAAGCGGAAACUGCCCUCGCUGUUACAAUGUCCCAUUUCCUUGUACACCCUGUGCAGAUAAUUCUCCCCUCCACAUCCAUCCAAAUGCUUUUGAUGCAUUGACAGAAUUACAAGUUUUGCGUCUACACAGCAACUCUCUUUGGAGUGUGCCCCAAAGAUGGUUUAAAAACCUUAACAAACUGAAGGAACUAGAUCUUUCCCAAAACUUCUUGGCCAAAGAAAUCGGGCAAGCUGAAUUUUUGCAUUUUCUUCCCAACCUUGUCCAGUUGGAUCUGUCUUUCAAUUAUGAGCUGCAGGUCUACCAUGAGUAUAUGAAACUGUCAGGUGCCUUUUCUUCCCUGAAAAACCUGAAAGUUUUGCGCAUCAGGGGCUACGUCUUUAAGGAGCUGAAAUUGGUUGACCUCUCCCCAUUACAUAAGCUUACCAAGCUUGAAGUUCUUGAUCUGGGCACCAAUUUUAUCAAAAUUGCUAACCUCAGCAUAUUUGAACAAUUUCAAACACUGAAAAGGUUAGACCUUUCGGUGAAUAAAAUAUCACCAUCAGGAGAUACAAGUGAAGUUGGCUUCUGCUCAAACACCAGAACUUCUGUAGGACCUCAUGGGUCCCGGUUCUUUGAAGAAUUACAUUAUUUCAAAUAUGAUGAAGAGGCGAGGAGUUGCAGAUACAAAAACAAAGAACCCCCUUUCUUGAGUUUUAAUGAAGAGUGUUACAAGUAUGGGCAGGCCUUGGACCUAAGUAAAAAUAGCAUCUUUUUCAUCAGGUCUUCUGACUUUCAGCAUCUUUCUUUCCUCAGAUGCCUAAACUUGUCAGGAAAUAGCAUCAGCCAAAGUCUUAAUGGGAGUGAGUUUCAGCCUUUAGUGCAGUUGCAAUAUUUGGACUUCUCUAACAACCGGCUUGACUUACUCUACUCAACAGCAUUUGAUGGGCUACACAACCUGGAAGUUCUAGAUAUAAGUAGUAAUAGCCAUUAUUUUCAAUCAGAAGGAAUUACUCACAUGCUAAACUUCACCAAGAACCUCAAGUUUCUCAAGAAACUGAUGAUGAAUGACAAUGACAUCUCUACCUCCACCAGCAGGACCAUGGAGAGCGAAUCUCUGAGAACGCUGGAAUUCAGAGGAAAUCAUUUGGAUAUUUUAUGGAGAGAUGGUGAUGACAGAUACCUAGGUUUCUUCAAGAAUCUGGUAAAUUUGGAGGAAUUGGAUAUCUCUGACAAUUCCCUGAGUUUCUUGCCUCCUGAAGUUUUUGAAAGUAUGCCUCCACAGCUAAAGACUCUCAUUUUGGUAAAAAAUGGGCUCACGUCUUUCAACUGGGGGAGACUCCAGUAUCUGAAGAAUCUAGAAACUUUGGACCUCAGCUACAACCUGUUGAAGACUGUCCCUUGGAAAUUAUCCAACUGUUCCAGCAGCAUCCAGAAACUAAUUCUUCACAAUAAUCUAAUCCGGUAUCUGACAAAGUCUUUUCUCCAAGGUGCUUUCCAGUUGCGGUAUCUGGACCUCAGCUCCAAUAAAAUACAGAUCAUCCAAAAGUCCAGCUUUCCGGAAAACGUCCUCAAUAAACUGGAUAUGUUGCUUUUGCAUCAUAAUCGGUUCUUGUGCACCUGUGAUGCGGUGUGGUUUGUCUGGUGGGUUAACCAUACGGAGGUGACUAUUCCUCACCUGGCCACGGAUGUGACUUGUGUGGGGCCAGGAACACACAAGGGCCAAAGUGUAGUCUCUCUGGAUCUGUAUACCUGUGAGUUAGAUCUGACCAACCUGAUUCUGUUCUCGCUCUCCAUCUCGGCCGCUCUCUUUCUCAUGGUGGUUAUGACAGCGAGCCACCUCUAUUUCUGGGAUGUGUGGUAUAGUUACCAUUUCUGCAAGGCCAAAAUAAAGGGGUAUCAGCGUCUGAUAUCUCCAGACUCUUGCUAUGAUGCUUUCAUUGUAUAUGACACUAAAGACCCAGCAGUGACAGAGUGGGUUUUGGAAGAGCUGGUAGCCAAAUUGGAAGACCCGAGAGAGAAACAUUUUAAUUUAUGUCUCGAGGAAAGGGACUGGUUACCAGGGCAGCCGGUUCUGGAAAACCUGUCCCAGAGCAUACAGCUUAGCAAAAAAACAGUGUUCGUGAUGACAGACAAGUAUGCGAAGACAGAGAAUUUUAAGAUAGCAUUCUACUUGUCCCAUCAGAGGCUCAUAGAUGAAAAAGUGGAUGUUAUUAUCUUGAUAUUUCUUGAGAAGCCCCUGCAGAAGUCCAAGUUCCUCCAACUCCGGAAGAGGCUCUGUGGGAGCUCUGUCCUUGAGUGGCCAACAAACCCACAGGCUCACCCAUACUUCUGGCAGUGUCUGAAGAAUGCCCUGGCCACAGACAAUCACGUGACCUAUAGCCGGGUGUUCAAGGAGACAGUCUAGCCCUUCUCUGCAAAACUACGACUGCCUAACUUAUGAAGGAGAAGCUUGGCUGCCCAGACUGUCUCAAAGAUGUCUCACCAAGAGUGGCUUUAAAUUCUCCAACACUUGGGAUUGCCAGCAUCCGAAAGGCGCCACCAAUAUAUGACAACGGAAUUGGAAAAUGGGGUUUAUGUAGUUCAUUGAGUCGUCUUUCUCAUCUCUCUGUGCUUUUGCUGCCAUUUGAUUCUCUUCUUUCUGCUCCUGGAUGAAAUCCUAUUGGGAGAAGGGUGGCAAGCAGAGGAGAUGGGGCUUUGAUUCUCCUGUAAUUGUGGUUAUUAAGUACACACGCAAUCACGAGAUUAAGAACUACACUUUCCCCCGUAGGAAGUACUGGCAUGUAUAUAAAUAGGGUAAAAAACCAAAAACACAAAAAACCGGCAUCUAUCUACAUGACAUCAGAAUGUACCAGAGUUAAAUAGUGAAGUAAAAACCCUAACGCAUCAACUAAUUACUUCAGUGUCAUCUAGCGCCCCCUUCUGUGCAGACGGAGUAUUGGCUGCCUGUCAAAAUACCACCUGCUCUUUUCCCUGGGGUUCCAUGAGAGAGUGGUGAGAAACAGCUUUCCCAUUGAUGGGCAUGUCUGUUUACACAUGGAAGCAAAGUGAUCUAUUUUCAUACCGGUAAUGCUCUUUACCUUUGAUAAUCAUUUAUCUGCUUAGAUAUUGUAUGUAUUGUAUAGACUCUUUGUUUGCUCCCUGCACCCCCCCCCCCCCAAUUCAUUGCAAUCCUAACCCUCAAUGGGAUGGUGUUAGGAGGGAGGCCUUUGGGAGGUGAUAAGGCCCUGAAAGUGGAGUCUUCGCGAUCUGAUUAGUGCCUUGAUAAGAAGCCAGAGAACUAGCAUUCUGCCUUUCCACUAUGUGUGGAUGCAAAGACAAGUCAACAGCCUGCACCCAGAGGAGGGUCCUCCUGGAACAAGAGCAUCCUGGCACUUUGACCUUGGACUUCCACCCUCCAGAACUGUGAGAAAUAAAUGUUUGUUGUUUAAG